AUGCGUCAAUCAAAAAAUAACAAUGCUAGUCAGAUAUCUAAUAACAGAGAACCAUCGCCACCACCAUCAUACAAUAAAAUGUUUAGCGCAAGUCAGCCGUCUAAACCUCGUCCGUUGCGAUCAAUGGGUUCACAAAAUGCAAAUACUGGUGAUUUUGUGAAGCCGGAAUUACCUGAAUUUUUACAAAAUAUGGGUCCAGGUAUUUCACCAUUAAAAGAAAGUCAACCAAUUACAGUAUCUUGGCAUAAUGUAUGGGCACAAGCACCUUCAAAACAAAAUGCUCUUAUGCGAAAAAUUAAUGGAUGCUUAGGUAGAGAAGUAUCCCAACCAAAAGAUUUAUUAAAAGGAGUUAGUGGUAUUGUUAAACCAGGAGAAUUGUGUGGUAUUAUGGGAGCUAGUGGUGCUGGUAAAACAACUCUAUUGAAUAUUAUAACUCAUCGUCGAUCAGGUAAAUUAAAAAUCGAUGCUGAUGUUCGAAUUAAUGGUCGUAAAAUGAAAAAAGAUAUUUCUGGUAUAUCAGCAUUUGUUCAACAAGAAGAAUUAUUUAUUGGUUCAUUAACUGUUCGAGAACAUCUUCGAUUUCAUGCGAUGCUUCGUCUUGGAAAAGAAUUUACAAAAGACGAACGAGAAAAUCGUGUUGAUGAAGUUAUUCAAUUUCUUAAUUUAGGUAAAGCAGAAAAUACAACCAUUGGUAUAACUGGUAUUGUUAAAGGUUUAUCUGGUGGUGAAAAACGUCGUUUAACAUUUGCUACUGAAAUACUUAGUGAUCCUCCAUUACUUUUCUGUGAUGAACCAACAUCAGGUUUAGAUUCCUCAAUGGCAUUUAUUGUCGUACAAGCUAUGCGAAAAUUAGCUGAUCAAGGCAAAACAAUUAUUUGUACUAUACAUCAACCAUCAUCAGAAAUAUUUUUUCUAUUUGAUAGAUUAUAUUUAUUAGCUGAAGGUCGAGUUGGAUAUUUUGGUUCACUUGAAAAAGCUCCAGCAUUCUUUCGACAAUUCGGUUUGGAAAUUCCACGUAAUUAUAAUCCGGCUGAUUUUUAUAUUAAACAACUUGCUAUUUAUCCAAAAACACGUGAAGAAAAUCUUGUACAAAUUAAACGUAUUUGUGAUGGAUAUGAAAAAUCUCCACAAAAUUCACGUUAUAUGUCAGAAAUACUUGCUCUUCAUUCAGAAAAUCCAGAAGAUGAUGAUAAUAUACCCUGUUCGAAACUAAUUAAUCGAUGUUGUCGAAAGGGCGAUACAGAUGAUGUUGAUGUACAAAAUCAAAGAAAAUCAAGAUAUAAAACAAAUAGUUUCACACAAUUACGUUGGUUAAUAUGGAGAAAUUUUGUUGAUAUUUUUAAAAAUCCGUUUGAAAUUCGUCUUCGUAUUAUUCUUGCAAUUUUUCUUGGUGUUCUCAUCGGUCUUUUAUACAUUCAACUUAAAUAUGAUCAAACAGCUGUACAAAAUUUUAAUUCAUUAAUUUUUUUAAUUAUUAUUAACACAUCAUUCUCAAAUAUAUUUGCUGUUGUGCAAAGUUAUACAAAAGAAUAUCCAAUAUUUUAUAAAGAUUAUGAUGAUGCUGUUUAUCGUGUAGCACCAUAUUAUUUUGCUAAAUUUGUAACUGAGCUUCCUUUAUUUGCAAUAACUACUCUUAUUCAAGUAGCGAUUACAUAUUGGAUGACAAAUUUAUAUACAACUGCAAAAAGAUUUUUUAUAUUUACUGGAAUAAUUAUUUUAACAAGCUUUGCUUCAGUUGGUCUUGGAUCAGUUUUAUCUGUUAUUGCUGAUUCACCAGAACAAGCUGCAGCAUUACAAAUUCCAAUUCUUCUUCCAUUGAUGGUUUUCGGUGGAUUCUUUUUAAAUAAUCAAUCGGGUCAAAAAUGGUUAACAUGGAUUAAAUAUAUCAGUUGGUUUUAUUAUGGUAACGAAGCAUUAAUCAUAAAUCAAUGGACAGAUGUAAAAACAUUGCCAUGUACCAAUCUUGAUUCCGGAAGUCCUUGUAUUCAUAAUGGAGAUGAAGUUUUACAAUUACUUGGUUUUAGUAAAUCUCAUCUUGGACGUGAUAUUGGUUUAAUUAUUGCAAUAUGGAUUGGUUUACGUGCUCUAAGCUUUUUUCUUUUAUUAUUGAAAGCACGAAAACAUAAAUACGUAAAAACUACAACAACGGAUAAUACUUAUGAAUCUUCACAACAAACAUCGACAAUAAAUACUGAAAUUAGUACAGUAACACGAGAAAAACAACAAGUACUUCAUGCGAAUACAUUAGAAACACCAAUUGAAUGGGAACAAAUAUUAGAUCGAGAAUUUCAAUCAAUUGAUAUCGAUGCAGAUGGUUAUAUAUCUGUAUCUGAUAUGCAAUCUGUAUUGAAAAAUUUUUCUCAUAUUUAUAAUUCAAAUGAAUUAAUAUUACGUAUAUUUGAAGAACUUGAUCUUAAUCAUGAUCAACGAAUAUCUAAGCAAGAAUUUAAAUCAUAUAAAAAUAUUUUAUUAGAUCGAGAAAAACGUUUUCAUCGAUCAACAUUUGAAGAAAAAUUUGAUUCAAUAUUUAUUUUAUUUGAUCGUAAUCAAGAUAAUUAUAUCUCUCGACAUGAAAUUCGUGAAACAAUGCAUAAUUUAGGUGAAUAUAUUGAUGAUAAUUUACUUGAAGAAAUGAUGCAAACAGCUGAUAUAAAUCAUGAUGAUCGAAUAAGUCGAGAGGAAUUCAAAAAACUUCUUUUACAAUUAUAUUCAAACAAAACGAAAUAA